GAUAAGCUUCAGCUGCGUUUCAAUCCUCGUUAUGGGACAAAUGAUAAUGCUGUGGAUGAAUAUAAAAAGCUAAAAAAGUUGGCCAUGCCUGAUACAGCUGAAACUCAUGAGCCGACUUCCCUGCGAGAGUCAAACAAUCUCCUGCCCACAACAGCGGUCAAUCUCACUAGUGACUUCCAAACUGAGAUUAAUGGAGAACCAAUGGACCAAACAAUCGGAAAUCAGCAUGGGAAUAUCUUGAAGAAUCUGUUUGGAAAGAACUGGAAGGAACAACUUUGUGAAAGUGUUGAAGCAGAUGAUGAUACUGGCGGAGAAGUUAAAACAAUCGAAGAAAAUGGUAAAAGUGAAAACACAGAACCAGUAAAAGUGAAUAAGAAUAUUGUAGAAGAUGCAAGUGGAAGGGAGAAAGUGGAUGUAAAACUUAAUGGAAAUUCAAGUCGCGAACGGGAUUUGAAAAAAGUGAUUCAUUGUCACGAUAAAGAUGGGCGGUCUUUGACAGAGAAACGAGGCAAUUAUUGGGUGCUAUAUAACUAUGUUAUGGCAGAGGGACGCAGGCCACACUGUUGGGAGAGUAUCACCUACACUACUCAUACGGAAUACACCUUUCUGGACAAUGUGGAGCCUGUGGUUGAGAGGUGGCGUGGUCCAGUUUCCGUUGCGGUUUACGCGCCAGGGACCGAUUUCGAUCAAACACUCGACAGUAUCAGGUAUCUCCGACAAUGCGGUUCUGAGUUGAUAAGAGACUUUGUCUCAUUCCAUAUCUACUUCCCUCAAGAGCACAUGCCCAAACAUAGGCCUAUUCCGCACGGCGACCAGAUUCUGCAAGCUGGCCAAACCGAUUGCAGAAUGCCAGCCCCGUGGGUGAAUCGAACCCGUGUUUUGUAUCGGAAGCAGAACAAUCUGCUGUACAUGGUGAAUGUGGGCCGGAACAUAGCCCGAGUGGCUGCUACCACUCACUAUAUACUGUCUUCCGAUAUCGAACUGUAUCCAAGUCUUGGUAUGAUCGACCAAUUCUUCGACAUGUUGCUUCGACAGGAGCCAGUGCUCAAGAGAAACAAACCAAAAGUGUUUGUUCUGCCACUAUUCGAAGUGAAUAAAACAAUGCAGGUGCCAAAUAACAAGGAUGAGUUGAUGAAAAUGAUGGAGAAUGGAACGGCUGUUACUUUCCACAAGUACGUGUGUGAUGAUUGCCACAGAAUUCCAGGCUUAGGCAACAUUGUCUACUGGUUAAAUACGUCAGCUAAGGCUGACAAUUCCCUGCAUGUCUUCUUCGUCGCAAAACGAGACGGCCACUGGGAGCCUAUCUACAUUGGCACCAAUGAUGAGCCGUUCUAUGAGGAAAGAAUCAGCUGGGAGGGAACGUAUGACAAGUUUAUUCAGGGUUACAUAAUGUGUGUGAAGGAAUACGAGUUCUUAAUUCUGGACAAUGCAUUCUUGGUUCAUAGACCAGGUAUUAAAGAAAUCGUCAAAGAUCCUGUAAAAGAAAAAAUGGUUAAAAUAAAUAAUGCACUCGUCUAUUCUAUCAGACCGGAGAUUGCGGUAUUAUAUGGUUCACACAAGGACUGUGACCUCAUCACCACAUGAUUUGGGUUCAAUUAAACUAACAGUGAUAUGGUAAUAUUGAUAUAAUUGUAUUGUAGGCUACAUUUUACUGACAUUAUUAUAUCUAGUUAUCAAGUUUUGAUAACUACAUAUCAUUUUGAUUGAGAGAAAUUUAUUUAUUUCAUUCCAAUUCUACUUUAUUGAGUAGGCCUAUAGGCUACAACCUCAAAAAACUGAAUUACUUUUGUUUCAAACGUGAAAUGUAUAUUGACAAUAUUAUAAUCCACUUUUUUAUGUAUUUGAACAUGACAUGCAGUCAAUUUAUUAAGUAAAUAAUUAAAAACUUUUACUUAC